CUCUCUCUCUCUCUCUCUCCACUAAUUUAUCUCUAUAUCCAUACUACAGAUCUCUUUCCUUUUAUUCUGCCUAUGCCUUUCUGCUUCCCUGGUCAUCCCCUGUGUGCUUCUUCUGCCUGCAGAAAACCUCUUGUUUGUUAAAUUUCUCUGUGUCAAACUUGAAUUUUUGGGUAGUUAUUUGUGGCCUAACCUAAUUCUCAUGCUAAUUCUUGUGUCUUUUUUUUUUGAAUUGUUAUCUGUUCUAAAGUGGGGUGUUUUUGGGUUUUAUUUUUUCUUGAAUAAGAGAUAUAUUUACCAUCUUUUUCUUUUAUUUUGUUAAUGGUGCUAUUAUCUCUUGGCUUUUUCUCCUUUCUUUUUUAGGCCAGAACUUUUUUAAAAAACCAUUUUAGGGUUUAGGGUUUUGCUGCUCUCACCAUUAUUUUCCUAGUUUUCACAUCAAAAAGUGAAUUUUCAGCUUUUUCUUCUAAUUGGGUCUGAAAUUGACCUCCUAAAUCCGUCUUUCUUCCACUUUUAGUUCAAUUCAGAAAUGGAAUUCCGCUUCUAAAUUCUUGGUUUUCUUUGAAAUCUUCAAUUAUGUCUUCUCCUUGUUUCACUGGAGGUAGCAGAACCUAUGGUUUUGAUUUAGAAAUAGUGAAACCUCCAUCAACUUCAACCCUCUCAUCUUCUCCAUCUUCUACUGUCUCUGAAUCAAGCAAUUUCCCUCUAACUAUCUCCACAAGAAAACCUCGUACUCCUCGAAAACGUCCCAACCAAACUUACGACGAAGCAACUGCUCUCCUCUCCACUGUCUACCCAAACAUCUUCUCCACCAAGCACCUUACUAAUAAUUCUCGCAGAUCCAACAAACCUCACCAGAACACUCUUCUCCUCGACGAGUCGUCCUCAGAGUUACUAUGGCCUUUUCGAGUUCUUGACGAUUCUGUUUUUCUACCUCAUCAACCCAUCGAAAGUGGGAAACCCAGAUUCGUAAAUGAAUCCAAGGUCGCAAAUUUCAUGAUUUCUUGUGAUAAUAAGUCUUGCCUGAGGGGGAAUUCCAUGGAACUCUGUGAUGGAUAUGAGGAAGAUUUCGAUGCUGAGUCGAUCCUCGAUGAGGAAAUCGAGGAGGGAAUCGAUAGCAUAAUGGGAAAUCUAAGAGUAAGCAAUGAAAACGUCGAUGUUUGGUCUAAUAAAGAUGGGAAUCGAAUGGGAUUGCAUUUCGGCGACAAAUUCCACUUCGGCGUUGAAAAUGGAAUGAGAAAAGGAAUUAGCGCAUUGAGAAAUUGCGAUGAACGAAAUUGGUGGAUUUUUCCAAUCGUCGAUAUGCUUCAAAUUUCGCCCAGACUUAAUCACAACAACCUUAAGGUUUCAUAUUCGAAGCCAAAGGUGAAGCUGAAUUCAAAUUCCGGCGAGAAAAAGAAGAAGAAGAUGGAGAAAAAGGCUGUGGAAUUGAAGAGGAAUCCCGAAUCGGUACAGGAGAAUUCAAUUCCGCUCCCGAACUCCGGCUUGUUAUUGAAAUUAAACUACGAAGGCGUUUUGGACGCUUGGUCGGACCGCGGGUCUCCGUUUUCGGAAGAACUUCGUGGAUCCGAAGGAAACAAUAUCUCUUUAUGUUUCCCAUCUUAUUACAGUGGAACUUAGGAAAUCGGUUUCCGAUAUUCUGAAAUCCGGUUCAAAUUCACCAUGCCAUGCGCGCCUUUGCCUUUUGCUUUUUCUUCUUCUUUCUUCUUUUUAUUUAUUUAUUUCUUGCUCAAAUGCCGGGUGGAGCGAUGUUUGUCCUAAAAAUAGCACAAAUAUAAUUUGUCUCAAAAUUA